UGCCUACGCCUGGAUCUCACUCCCAGUAUACCAGCUACUAGUGUCCUAUGCCCCUAUGUGCCUACGCCUAGACCUUUCAUCCAGUAUACUAGAGAUCUUGGAUGCAUUUAUAGAAGUCUUCAAGAAACUUGGCAGUUCAACUUUCGUGCAUGUUGGAGUACAAAAAAAGCAUUAAAAUUGUGUGAAAGCGCGAAUGAAAUGUUCCAAAGAAGAGAGGUUCAAGAUUUUUUUAAUGAUAUUGACCACGAGUUUGAUGUGUUAUAUAAAAAUGUAGAAAUUGCAAAAAUCUUAAUCGCUAAAAAAGCAACAACUCAAAUAGAAGAAACACUAGAGGUUCAAGUUAAAAAGAGAAGAAUAGAUGAGGUCAACGCAUCAGAGACAAGCGACAAAUAUCUGCAUGAAGCUACAGCUGGUGAUACAUUGCCUAAUGGCAUCAAAAUUAAAAAACCAAAUCGCCUAAACUUAAUAUCAUCUGAUGAAUCCUCUCAAGAGACUGACAAUGAUGAAGACAUACCCUUAGAUGAAUCAUUUAUCUCCACCUCUAAUAAUUCAAAAAUUUGA